CUGAACGGUGCUGGUUAUGGCGAAGGGGGAGCAUGGCCGGGAGGGCGAAAGAAUGACAAAACAUCGGGCAGGGAAGCAGCUGUGUGCCCGCUAAGGAGCGCUGGAUGCUCCGAGGAACGCGGGUGGAGGGCCUACUAUUCUUAAACCCAUAUAAAUCCAACUAUUAAACCUUACUAUCUACAAUAUCGGGAGGUGGUGGCCUUAAAGCGACAGGCCGAUGUGAAAACUUCAAAAUAAUGGUGCAAAAAUGUGUCAAAAUUUGUCAAAAAUGCCAAGCUAGCAUUCCUGGUCAAAGUCAAAUAUUAUCUAAUGGAAGAAGCUAGCGGGAAGGAUACAAUACAAGGAGAAAUUGCAUCCAAGAAACCCAAUACUAAUGCAAAAUAAUGUAAUAUGGUGUGAGCGGUAAAGUGGCCCGUAAACAGUGCAUUGACCCCUUUCUAUCCUUGAUCAGAGCUAACGCUGUGCAUGCUCCAGCACCUAGCGGCUAGUGUGCUAACUGCUAAGCUAAUGCAGUAAUCAUGGCAAGGCAACAUUGGACAACAUUGGUCUGUGGAGAAUUUCUCAGAUAUUCUUGAUCACAGCACAAUGACAUCCUGUUCUGAAAAGUAAGUGCUCCUGCCCUGGAGGGUGCAGGAUGGCGUCAGGGCAGAGCAUGCGUUUGGAGGCAGGGCCAUCGGGGGGUGCUGUGCUGGCCAAACCUCUAUAUCUGCAACGUCUGGAGAGGUCACUCAAACUUGACUCUUUCCUGCGACAAACGGCAGCGGUUUUCAACACAGACAUCACCAGUGAUGACAGUGAGGAUAGUGACUGUGGGCUGGACUCGGGUCUGUCUCUAGACUCUGGACCAAACUCAGCUUUGAAGCAGGAGCCAUGUGAACAGAGCGAUGCUUCAGAAGGAAAACCACCACGCAACGGAGUCCUGCUGCAAAAAGAGCAAAAGACAGACAAAGCGAGUCUCUACAACUUCUCCAAGCUGAAGAAGAACAGGAAGUGGCUGAAGAGCUUACUUUUGAGCGAUGACACCACAGACUCAGGCUCAGACUCCGAUGAUUCUGACUUUAGUUUAUCUAAAGAUGAGCUUCACGACAUGUUAAGGCUCCAUCGCUUCAGUCGGCAGCACCAGAGCAAGUUCCAUUCAGACAGAGAGCUCCAUCAGUACCAGUAUUACAGCACAGGGCUCCUCUCCACUCAUGACCCAUUCUAUGAGCAGCAGCGCCACCUACUGGGCCCCAAGAAGAAGAAAAUCAAAGAUGAGAAGAAAUUCAAGGCCAAACUGAAGAAGGUGAAAAAGCGGAAAAAGCGCGGUGAGGGCGAUUCUGUUGAUGAUGAGCGACCAUUUGUAACGAAGGUUUUUGCGAAGUUUUCUCACGACGCGCCACUGCCUCCAGUGAAGAAGAAGCACCUGAGCCUGGAGCAACUGAAUGCACGAAGACGAAAAGUGUGGCUCACCAUCGCCAAGAAGGAGGUGCCCAAGACUUUCAAGCAGAAAACAUCUGCCAAAAACCUUGUAUUUACCAACGCUAAAAAGCUGGCCCAUCAGUGCAUGCGAGAAGUGCGGCGUGCGGCAAUCCAGGCUCAGAAGAACUGUAAAGAGACUCUGCCCCGAGCACGGCGUUUAACGAAGGAAAUGAUGCUCUAUUGGAAAAAAUACGACAAAGUGGAGAAAGAACAUCGGAAAAGAGCAGAGAAGGAGGCUCUGGAGCAGCGCAAACUCGACGAAGAGAUGAGAGAGGCAAAGCGUCAGCAGCGUAAAUUGAACUUCCUAAUCACACAGACGGAGCUAUACGCACACUUCAUGAGUGGCAAAGGCCCUGGGGCUGAAGGUCAAGACGAAAUCCUGCAGAAACUGGAGGACAGCGCCCCUCACAGACAGAUCGACAUCGGAGGAGGCGUCAUGGUCAACAUGGGACAGGAAGAUUAUGACAGUGAAUACUACAAGUCCCAAGCUCUUAGGAACGCCACAGAGGCCUAUCAGAUUCACCAGGAGAGGACUCGUAUGUUUGAUGAUGAAGCAAAAGACAGUCGUGCUGCAGCCGGGGCAUCUGGGUCAGGUGUGGCAUCAGUGACAGGUGUUGGGCAGGUGCAUGUGGCAGGUGCAGCUUCUGGGUUUGGAGAGAGCUACAGUUUGUCGAACCCGUCAAUUCAGGCCGGAGAGGACAUCCCACAGCCCACCAUCUUCAACGGGAAACUCAAGGCCUAUCAGCUCAAAGGCAUGAACUGGCUCGCCAACCUCUAUGAACAGGGCAUCAAUGGGAUCCUGGCUGAUGAGAUGGGGCUUGGGAAGACUGUUCAAAGUAUUGCACUUUUGGCACAUUUGGCAGAGCGAGACAACAUCUGGGGCCCGUUCCUGAUCAUCUCUCCGGCCUCAACGCUCAACAACUGGCACCAGGAGUUCUCACGAUUUGUUCCCAAAUUCAAGGUGUUGCCUUACUGGGGAAAUCCACAUGAUCGCAAAGUUAUCCGAAAGUUCUGGAGUCAAAAAACCCUGUACACCCAGAAUGCCCCCUUCCAUGUGGUGAUCACCAGUUACCAGCUCGUGGUUCAGGAUGUGAAGUACUUCCAGAGGGUCAAAUGGCAGUAUAUGGUUUUAGAUGAAGCCCAGGCGCUCAAGAGCAGCUCCAGUGUCCGGUGGAAAAUUCUUCUUCAGUUUCAGUGUCGGAACAGACUGCUGCUGACUGGGACUCCCAUUCAGAACACUAUGGCAGAGUUAUGGGCCCUGCUGCACUUUAUCAUGCCCACUCUGUUCGAUUCCCAUGAAGAGUUCAAUGAGUGGUUCUCCAAAGACAUCGAGAGCCACGCUGAAAACAAGUCUACCAUUGACGAAAACCAACUGUCCCGUCUACACAUGAUCCUGAAGCCGUUUAUGCUGCGAAGGAUUAAAAAAGAUGUGGAGAAUGAGCUCUCGGACAAGAUUGAGAUCCUGACAUACUGCCAGUUGACCACACGGCAGAGGCUCCUGUACAAAGCUCUUAGAAAUAAGAUCUCUAUUGAGGAUCUGCUGCAGUCGUCCAUGGGAACUGCGCAACAGGCUCACAGCACCACAUCCUCACUCAUGAACCUCGUCAUGCAGUUCAGGAAGGUGUGUAACCAUCCCGACCUGUUUGAGCGUCAGGACACUCGGUCUCCGUUUCACAUGUCGCUCAAACCUUUUUUAAUGUCAAAGUUUCUGUACCGCAACGGCCUCUUGCACAACCAUACGCAAGGAACCAACAAAAUCCUCCAAGUGCUGCUGUCUCCCUUCUCGCCUCACCACAUCCAGCAAUCUUUAUUUCACAGGAAAGGUGAGGAUGAAGGCAGCUGCUUCUCAUUCCUGCGUUUCAUCGAUGUGUCUCCAGCCGAAAUGUCCAAUCUCAUGCUACAAGGCAUUUUAGUCAGAUGGUUAGCUCUUUUCCUGUCUCUGAAAUCUGCAUACCGGCUCUACUACCAGCGCCUGUUUGAGGAGAAGGAGCUGAGUGGAGAAAGCGGAGACCCAGGGACCAGUUCACAAAUGCUAAAAUGUCUGAACCGGAGAGACCUGAUUCUGUGGAUGAAUAAACCCGCGACUUUCCCAAACACCAGCUGCAGCCCCAUCCUCCAGGACUUGGUUUUCACAGCCUCCUCUCCAGGUCUGGUGGGUCACUCAGAUGUUGAGAUCCACAGUCGCUCCUCCUCCUCUUUCUCUCUGAGGCAGUGUCUGCCCUCUCUGCCCCCAAAGUUCCUCCUCACUGCUACACCCAGGGUGACAGCCGUUCCCAUGGAAAGGUAUUGUAAUGACCGCAGUGCUGAGUAUGAUUGGCGGGUGACGCGAAACGGAGGCGGGACCAUCUACAGGGACUGCUUCCUGUACGGCUCUCCAGAACUGGCCUCUGAUUGGAUCACGAGAGCUACUUCCUUCUACCUACAGUCCCCCGGGGGCGUCAUGGCGAUUAACCCACGACAUGGGUGGUCCUACAUUCGUAUACCAGACAAAGAGAGCCUGAUCACAGAGAGUGGGAAACUGCACACUCUGGACCUGCUGCUGAGUCGACUGAAGAACCAGGGACACAGGGUCCUCAUCUACUCCCAGAUGACGCGAAUGAUCGACCUUUUAGAGGAGUACAUGGUAUAUCGUAAACACACGUACAUGCGGCUGGACGGAUCCUCAAAGAUCUCCGAGCGCAGAGACAUGGUGGCUGACUUCCAGAGCAGGACGGACAUCUUUGUUUUCUUGCUAAGUACCAGAGCUGGAGGAUUGGGGAUCAACUUGACCGCUGCAGACACGGUGAUUUUCUACGACAGCGACUGGAACCCUACAGUGGACCAGCAGGCAAUGGACCGCGCUCACAGACUGGGGCAGACCAAACAGGUGACUGUGUACAGACUCAUCUGUCAGGGCACGAUCGAGGAGAGGAUCCUACAGCGCGCCAAGGAGAAGAGUGAGAUCCAAAGAGUGGUGAUCUCUGGAGGGAACUUCAAACCAGACACUCUCAAACCUAAAGAGGUGGUGAGCCUGCUCCUGGACGAUGAUGAACUGGAGAAGAAAUUGCGUCAGAGGCAGGAGGAGAAGAGGCUGCAGGAAGAGAGCAGCAAAGUGAAAGAGCGAAAGAGAAAGAGAGAGAAAUACGCAGAGAAGAAGAAGAAUGAAGAAAUAGAGACGAAGAAGAAGAGGGAGGUGAACGUGGUGAUCUCUCACUCUGCCCCCUCUGCCCCUUCAGCUGAUAACUCCAACAUGUCAGCCGACGGAGAAGACUCUUUCCUCAGUGUGGACAUGGACUCGGCCAUGCCCAGCCCCUUCAGCGAGAUCUCCCUGAGCAGUGAGCUGCAGCCCGGCUCUCUCCCUCCUGACCCUGAUCAGGAUGAGAGCAGCAGUGACAUGUUGGUGAUCGUGGAUGAGGCUCCGCCCACAAGAGCCACCAACUCCCCCGCCUCUGUGUGCGGCUCUGCGUCUGACAACUUCAACGGAGUUUCCAGCUCAGACACUAUCAGCCCGGGCAGAGGCAGGUCCAAAGGCAGUCGAGGGAGGCCCAAAGGCUCUGGGGGCGGGGCUAAAGUCGGGGUCAAAGGUCGUGGCAGGAAGUCAACGGCGGGCAGUGCGGCAGCGAUGGCAGGAGCAAUGGCAGGUGCAGCUGCGGCCUCAGCUGCUGCUUAUGCAGCCUACGGGUACAGUGUGUCUAAAGGUGGUCUCUCUGGCUCCAGUCCUCUGCAGCCGGCUCUGGGUCGCUCUGGGACCUCUCCUGCUUUUAAACCCAGCCGCAGCUCCUCUCCUCAGGCUAAAGGGGGCAGCAGCUCCACCCCGAGCCCCCACAAGCACCAGAUGCCCUCCCACUACCCCCACCAACCCCACCCUCACCUCCCCAACCACCCCCAUCUCCACACAGGGGCCCAGACCGGAGCCGUGCGCAAAGCUAAAGGUCCACCCACUCCUAGCACGCGAUAACAGAUACUCAAAAUGCACUAAAGGCUAAGUUAAAGAGAUUUACCAUUUUAAAGAGCCUACUGGGUGUUUUCAAAUUCUAGAAUAAGAAAAUAUAUGUCAGAUGCCCUCCCAUCUUCCUAUAUAUAUAUAUAUAUACAUCCCUGUGUUAAAUGCCCUCCCAUUCUCCUGUAUCUCUAGGUCUAUAUUAUUUGUAUUACUGAUGAGGUAUUUAUCCAACCACACCGCAACAUCUGCAGAUUAACUAGAGACAUGUGACCUGCCCCCAUCUCUGUACACAGAUACAGGAGGAUGGGAGGGCAUCUGACACACAUGAAUACAAGCACGACAUUAUCUUAUUCUAGACCUUGAACACAACCUAUCUCCACUGUGAAAGCCAAACUACAGGAGAUAGUAUUUGAAGUAACUUGUGUACCUUGUAGGAUCUGUCUUUUAAAGAUACAGUUCUUACAAAAUUCCCAAAUUUCUCUUUAUAAUUUAUUUGUCCUAAUUUUGAGACAGAAAAAUAAAAAUUGCCUUUAAGUAUUUUGUUUUUGAAAUUUUGACAGGAAGCUCGUUUAGAGUUGGUAACAACAUGUGAAGCUAGACCAGCUACACUGUACAAAAAAAUAGCAGAUUUAAAAUGUAUUUAAUUUGUGAAUUGAUUUGAGUAAUUUUGACAAGUUUAGAUGUAUUUAUAAUCAGUAAAGACAUUAAUAGAUAUAAUAUCAUUUGGACAGAUAUUUAAAGGUGCACUGUGUAACUUUACUGAUAGAGAGUCUUGUAUGGAGAUGUUAUUACUUUGGGCUGGAAUGUUCUCCUGCAGUAUGGCAAUAAACAUUCAUCUCCAUGGAGACAUCACCAGACAUAACAGUCAAGUUACAGGUCAGAUCUGUGAAGGGGUGACCACGGUAACAGUAGGAAUGCAGGUUUUUUAUGUUUUCUAUUUUCAUUUAAAAGCUCCAUAAUUAAAUAAAUGCUGGAUAGAUGUUUAAUGCUAUACUGUGUAACAUUCCAGACAAAGCAGUAACCAUGAAGAUAAGCAAGUGACUAACCAGAAAAGUUACAGAGUGCACCUUUAACAAGUUUCUCUCAUAGUUUAAUGCUAUUGAAGUCACAUAACCUAUUUUGAGUUUGGAACAGAACAUUUUGGUUUAUUGGCGCACUAUGUAACUUUUCUAGUGGAGGGUACGCCACCUGAUUGUCUCCAUGGAGAUGUUAUCGCUUUGCUUGGAAUGUUCCUUAACUUCCUUAAACUAUCUCCAAGGAGACAAGCAGGUGAUGUGUUCAGACCAAGUUACAGGUCAGAUCUGUGGAGAAGCGACCCCACUCACAGUAAGAAUACAUGUGUUUGAAUGGAUUUUUUAGCCAUAACAAAUCCUGUAAUCGAAUAAAUGCAAGAUGGAUAUGUUUAAUGCCAUACUGUGGAACAUUCCAGCCAAAGCAAUAACAUGGAGACAAGGACAACGCAGACCCCCCACCAGAAAAAUUUUAUAGUACAACUUUAAAUACGUAGAAAUAUCACAAAACAAUCAGAUGAUGUUAUGUUUAAAUACAUCAAAAAACUUAAAAAAUUAAAAUAUUCUCAGAGUAAUAUGGACUCAAGUAAUUUAAACUCAUAUGACUUUUACAGCAUAGUUCUUCAAAUAAGGGCUUGAAUCAUUCUAAGCACUGAGCCACGUCUACCUUUCGUAAUAUACUGAGUGUUAAUGGAGUUAUUUCAUUGUUUUGUAAACCCGCUCAGUCCAAAAUUAUUCAGCGAUUGCCAAUGUUUAUGUAGGUUUUACUGUAAGUUGUUCUCUGCAUUUGACACCUGUUAGAAGCAGCACCCGUGGGACCCAUCUCCAGAUCUUGAGCUAGUCUUGGUCAGGAUGUGCAUGUUUCAUUUAGACCCUUUUAAAAGUUUCCAAAAUUCCAAAUUCCUGAAUGGAGGGGAAAGUGAAGUGGAAGAUGGUGUGAUUUCAAUAGUAAAAUCUGAAUCCGCCUCAGAAUAAUCCAAGAUGGUUUUGCAAUGAUAAAAGCUCAUGCGAUUUCAAAGCCUAUUUUCAAAUAUAUUUUACUUUAUUUGUAGAUUUAAUAAGUGAUUAGUGAACAAACUUGGCAUUUACCUUCAUUUUGUUUUUUAUACUUACAGAAAUGUGAACCCCAUGAUGGUUUUUCAUUUUAUCUACAAGUUUUUUACAUAAACUGCAGAUGCUCUUUCAAUUCAAUUUGGAGGCCAUUUUCUUUUAAUAUAGAAGCAAACUAACUAUCCAAUAAUUUAAAAAAAAAAAACAUUAGCAGUUAGAUUUGCUAUCAGUUAAAGGUGCACUUUGUAACUUUACUGGGGGAGGGUCUGCCACCUGUUUGACUCCAUUGAGAUGUUGCAUUCUCACUGUGAGCAGAGUCGCCUCUCCGCAGAUCUGACCUGUAGGGUCACCUGCUUGUCUUUAUGGAAGUAGACAAUGCCAUUUAAUGCCUUUUUGUGGAACAUUCCAGGCAAAGCAAUGACUGAAAAUAACCAGAAAAGUUACAUAGUGCAUUUUUAAUCAGUGACAGUGUAUUUAAGUCUACUUCACUUUGUCUCUAGUCUCCUCCAUUCUGAAAUUUUGAACUUUCUGAUAAUAUCACUACAAAAAGUAAUAUCUAAGUAAAUUCAAAUUACUCAAAUUAAGAAGAUUAAACUUGAUAUUAGUAGAUUUCACUUCAAGUAAAAUUAUUUACUAAUGGAAGAAGUAUUUUUUUGUUUUACGAUUUAGAUUCUUAUUUUAAGUACCGUCGGAUGUUGUUGUUGUUUUUUUAAUCUUCAGUGUAACUAGGUGCAUUUUCCUAUUUCAAGUACAAAAAGACAUGUUCAGUUGAUAGAUAAUUUUGCUUUACUAUGAAAUGUACUUAAAUCAAUAUAACAUGUUCCUAAUUCAAGUCUUUUUAAAGGUGCAAAGCUUAACUUUUCUGAUGCAAUGCUAUCUGCUCAUCUCCAUGGAGAUGCUAUUGGACACACCUUGGAAACACAGAUUGGAAACUAUCUGUAUCCAUAGAUUCAAGCUACUGUGCCAAGUUACAGGUCAGAUCUGUGGAGAAGCGACUCUGCUUUCAGUAAGAAUUAAUGUUUUUCAAGACAGAAGUCCCCGUGUAAUUGAAUAAAUGCAAAUUAUAUAAGUUUAAUGCAAUACUGAGGAACAUUUCAGGCAAAGCAAUUACUUCUCCAUGGUAGCGAACCCUCCCCUCAAAAAGUUACACAGUGCACCUUUAACUUAGCAAGAUUUUAGUUUUUGUAGUGACAGCAUUUAAAGGGUCUAUAGUUUUAUGGCGUGAGUGCUAAAUGUAUUUGGCACUGUGCCGCCAUAACUUCACCAAACAAGCUUUUUUCUACUAAAGCGCUUAUUUUUGUAUCGAAAUGCCUGAAAAAAAUGAAUCGAGUCCAUUUAAGGUGUAAAACAUUUCAAUAGGAAGUCUCUAUUUUUGCCCAGUGAUGUACAAAUUCCAACAACAAAAGCCUGACUGGCGAUGCUGCUAAAUUAAUGUAAUGAUUUAAAUCUUGGUUAACUUAUUUGUGUUGAAUAGAGUAUAACUGUGAAAUUGUACUAAAAGCCAUGUUAUUUUUUUGCAGUUCUUGUGGUGAAUGUCGUAGAUGUUUUAGGGUGAAAAAAAAAACCUACGUUGAGCACUAGUUUUGUGUUGAAAUGUGAUUAUAACUGUACAAUGUUGUGUGUACAUAUACUGUAGUGGUGAGGAUGUUGUUUCCUGGUUUGUCCCAUAUCCAAUCAUCUAUUUUUAUAGUUGCCGUGUACAUAAGGACGAAUGCAGUUGUUGUUUUACUAACACAAGGGGCCAGCCGACAUUAAAGAGUGAGAAAACUGUG